AUGAGUAAAUUUAAAGACAAAAGACCUCCACAAUUGCUCGCAACAUCAACACCACAACAACAACAUUCCUACGAUGAUGCCGCGUUAGAAGGCGUCGCAGCAAAUGUCAAAUUACUUUUAAAAUUGAUUCAAGAUCACAAGGAGGCCUGCAAAACUCAAAGAAACGAUGGCAGACGGAUGUUGAGGGUGGCCGGAAUGAUGACCAUCCUCGACAUGGUCCGAACCCGAAUCCAAAAUUGUCAGUCCUUCGGAACCAAACGGUCCGAUGGGCUCGGACCGUUUGGGUUGAGCCCAGCUCAAAGCCCGAAGGAAAAACAACGGUCAACAGACCCGUUGACCGUUGACGAACAAGAGAAGCUAAAGAGAGAGCAUGGUGCGAGUUUAGCCGCACGUAAAAGUUUAGAGAUUAUGUGUUCAGGUUUGGGGAAAGAAAAGGAGAUUAUGAUGGGGGAGUUAGCGAAAAAAGCACAUGAGUUAUCAGAAAUGGAAGAACAUAUAAAUUAUUUAAAAGCGCAAAAUGAGACAUUAUUGACAAAAGUUUCACAAUGUGCGGAAAUGCAUAAACAUGAUGAGAAAAAACAACUUUUGGAAUCGCUUGAUGGGUAUCGAUUAAUGAAGAGGGAGGUGAGCGAAGUGCACGAGGAGAAUAUGGCGAUGCAGGCUACAAUAGAGGAAAUGGGAACAAAAGUUAGUGCAAGUCUAUACAAAAUUCGAAACUAUAGACAACAUUUAAACAAUGAUAGUGAAGAAAUUGUCGAUAUUGAAGAGGGGAUUUUGGAAUUAGAGCAUAUGUUCAAGUGUUUUGAAAAGAAUUCAAGUAAAACUGCUCAUUCUUAG